AUGGCUCCCUUCGGAAAGAUUUACACUUAUCCGAACAAUGCCCGGGUUAUUAAGGCCCAAGCAGUUGCCAACCUCAACAACCUCGAACUUACUAUAUCUGACUUCCAAAUGGGAAUUACAAACCGCAGCCCUGAAUUCCUCGCCAAAUUCCGCCUUGGCAAAGUCCCCGCCUUUGAAGGCGCUGACGGCACCACCCUCAUCGAAUCUGAUGCCAUCACCCAAUACAUAGCUGAGAGUGGUCCUGCUGCCCCUCAACUCCUCGGAUCAACCACUCUACAGCGCGCCCAGAUCCGCCAGUGGAUCCUCUUCGCCGACGGGGAGACACUUGGUCCUACCAUCGAGCUGCUUCUCCCUCGUGUUGGUCUACGUCCUUUCGAUGCUGAAAAAGAGAAGAUUUCUCUUGAGAGGCUGGAGCGUUCGCUUGGUUUUCUAGAGGAACAUCUGAAGGAUGGUAAGGUGUGGCUUUCUUCCAGUGAGAAGCAGGGGUUGAGCUUGGCGGAUAUCACUGUUGCUUCCGCCUUGACAUGGGGCUUUUCUCGAGUUAUUGAUGUGGAGAUGCGUGCUAAGUAUCCCGUUCUUGAGGAGUGGUUCAAGCGAACUAUUCAGGCUGAGGGUGUCAAGCAGGCGUUUGGCGAGCAGACUUUUGUUGAGAAGAGAACUACCCCUUCUGUUUGA